AUUUCAUGGAAAAUGAAACUGAAAGUUUGGCAUGGCACAAAAAGGGUGGUGCAAGAAGGAAAAGAAAGGAGCAGAAGAAAAGACAACGAGAAGUCGCGCUCAUUUGGAUCAUAGAAAACACAGCAAGAUGCAGUGCCUCCGAGAUGAGGAAGCUCUCAUCCCAAAGCCUCGUGGAAAUUUGCCAAAGAUGUGUGCUGUGGCGGUGGCUGCCACAGCAACAGGAAGCAUUGUGUUUCUGUCUCCUGAAGGGUUAUUUGGCUGGGUUGCCAUGGUAAUACUCACCUUGACCCUUGGCCCUCUGCUGCAUGGGCUCUGUUUGCUGGCAGAGGAGAUGCUACACCAUACAAACACAAGGUAUCGAGGCCAAAGGCUGCUGAGCCAUGUGCUGACAGCCUGUGGAUUAGGGGGAAAGACCCUGAUGGCUGCAGGGCUGGCAGGCCUUCUGCUCUACCUGGCCGAACCUCCUCUGCCACACAAAGGCCAGUGCUGGAAGCUCCUUAUCCUGGCCUCAGUUCUUUAUGCGCUGUUGAAAAGCCUGGGAGUCCUGGGUCCAUCGGAGGUGGAGGUGUCAGACAUUUGUGAGAACAGGAAGAUGAAUGUGGCCCACGGCCUGGCCUGGUCCUUCUACCUGGGCUACCUGCGACUGGUACUGCCAUGUUUGGAGGACUCCAUUGCAGUAUUCCGUUCCACCCAUCAGGCCACCAAAUUCAGGGGCCGUGGCUCCUGGAGGCUCCUCAUCCUUGUACCACUCAACUCUAACAUUUCUCACAAGCUGGAGGAUGAAGACGACAACAUCCAUUUCUAUGACAACCUCCCCAACAAUGAGAUAGACAGGGCAGGAGUCCGGGGGCGGGUCUACACGCACAGCGUCUACAGAGUACUGGACGAGAACGGGAAGGGCCAUGAGUGUGUGGUGGAGUAUGCCACGCCUCUGCUGACGCUUUACGGCAUGUCCCAGGAGAGCAGCGCUGGUUUCGGGAAGUCUGAGCACAGACAGCAAGUUCUGCUCUUCUACAGGACCCUGCAGGACAUACUGGACCACUCGCUGGACUGUCGCAACCGUUACAAACUCAUCCUGCUUGACGAUGAGUAUGUGGAUGACCCUCACUUCCUGUCCAAGGCCAUCCUCAGACACCUGAAGCAGCAGAAGGAGGAGGAGUUCUGCCUCACACCACCUCCUCACAUGGAAAUGGCGCACCCACUCUCAAAUACUCCGAGCGCCCUGCCAAAUGGCCUGCCUUUAAACGGUGAAUGGCACAACCCUGAGCCAAUGAGCAGGGAGCCAACGCUCAUGUUCAGCCUGGACAGACCUCUUCCUCUGAAGGAACCUGUUGAGAUCACCGACUACUAUGUAGAAAAUUUAAGGCAAAUGUGAACAUGCACAGUUCAACAAUCAUCACAUUCCUGCUUUAUCAUGCUGCAGUCCUCUUGUUUCCAAACUGACGGACUAUACAAUACCUCAAUAAAAGUUUACAAGAA